UGCGGCGGCGCCUGGCCGCGACCUUGGGCGGGGUGCUGCAGAGCCCGCCGGCCAGGGCCGGCCACUGGGGCUACGCGGCCGUCAAGGCCUGCCUCCAGCUCUUCCAGGCGCUGCCGAAGGACGUGGCCCCCCUGGUGUGGAGCGAGGCAGAGAGGAGUGAGACGCUGCAGAGCGUUUUGGGACUGCUGCUGCAGGUCGUCGUGGGGAAGGCCCCGAACAAGGACACGCGCCUGCUGGCGGGCACUGCGCUGAGCAUGCUGGUGAACACGGCCCCGCAGCCUGAGUGCGGGGCCAGCGCCGCACAGGCUCUAUUCCAGCUCGCCGACCAAGGUGUGGGGGAGCUGAAGUUUGGGGAGCUGACGAUGGAGGCCAUUUCUGUCUUGGAGCCAGACGGGCUGGAGAGGCUGGUGCUGACCAGAGGUUUGCUGACCUGCUGCAAGACGGACAUCCUCAGCUGCCAGCUGGAGAGCUCCACCCACCAGGCUUGCCUGCUGCUGGACGUGCUCUUUCCCACUGUGUGCGCCCUUAGCAAAGAGCAGAAGGACUGCCACUACUACUGCUUCCAAGUUUUUUCCCUGUGGCUGCAACGCCUCCAGGAGAGCCUGCCUGAGAUCUGGCGCCUCAAGGGGAGCCGCAUCCUGGCUGAGGACUCAGAUCUCCUCAGCCAGCUCACCCAGCUGGUGUGGAACAACGCUGAGACCCCGGUGGAAGGGGUGUCCGAGUUUAUCCACAACUCCUUUCGGCUGCUCCUGGAGAUGUACUGUCUGGAGUGCAGGCACUUCGAAGACCAGGAGAGGCCUCUCUACAGGCAGAUGCUGCAGAGGGUUAUUUCAAUGCCGUGGCAAAUCAAAGCCAGAUACGUGCCUCUGUGUGCCAUCGUCCCCUACGUGGGCAGUCAGAAGGUCCUGGACGCCUACCAGGACCUGCCGCAGCACCUCCUGAGCUGCCUUGCCACCAACCACCUGUGUCCGGCUGCCACCGAGGUGUACAAGGCGCUGGUGCAGCAGCAGCGCGCCGAGUGGCUGGCGGGGCGGCAGGGCCCCGAGGAGGCUCUGGCCAAGCGGUGGGCGCGGCACUGGCUGCCUCUGCUCUCACAGGCCCUCCGCUUCGUGGAGUGGCUGCUGCAGCUCAGCGUCUCCUCGCUCUCUCCGGGCUCCAACUACCAGAGGAAGAAGACGGCUCUGCUCCUCCUGGCUGCAGUCUUGGAGACCUGCACGGACACCUGGAGCCCCGAGCGGAAGAAGGGGCAGCCUCCGCAGACCAUGGCUGCGCUGCUGAGCUACGCCAGGCACCGAGGCUGCUGGGACUUCUUCUCGCAGCCCAAUCUGUUGGCGCUGCUGAGCUGCUUACAGGACAGCACAAAUGAGAUCAGGGAUUUGGCCUCGGAACUGCUCGUCCGCUACUUCCCAGCGCCGUUGCCUGAGCCCGUGGCCCUGGCUCUGUUCCAGCUCGCCCAAGAAGCCCUGAGCAGCCCCCGAGUGCAGGAGGCUGAAGCUGGAGCCGUGCUGAUGAAGACAAUCCUGCAGAAGUCGGACAGCAGCACCGUGAGGAGCCUGCCCCUGGAGGCCGGAGCAGCCCCGACGCUGCAGCCCCGAGGGCUGUGCUUCGCUCAGCACCUUCUCCACGUGCUGCAGGCCCAGUACGCUGCGGCGCGCCAGGACUUGCUGCAGGCAGCAGCCACUAAGCCGAUGCACGGAGCGAUCGCAGCCCUGCGGAGGUGCCUGCUGCAGGUGCCGGAGGUGGCCGCCUCCAUGCGGGCGGCAGAGUGGGCGCAGAGCUGGCAGGAGCUCCUUACCAGCCUUGUGGCCACGGCGAGGGACAUCACCUCCUUCCUCCUGGGUGCCCUGCAGAGCCAGCAGGGCCCCGGCACCGACCAACAAGCCACUGCCCCAUCAUUUGCGGACAUGGGGAACGCAAUCGGCUCCCUCAUCAUGCUGGGGAAAGGCCAAGGGCAGCAGGAGGACGACUCAGUCCUGCUGUCAGAGGAGCACAGCCUGAUCCUGACCUGCUGCUGGGUGUCGGUGAAGGAAAUAGGGCUGCUCUUGGGAGGCCUGGUGGAGCUGCUGCUGUCCCCGGCACCCGCCGGGCCCGGGCCCCUGCUGCCGCUCGCCCGCCUGCAGACGGGCGCCGUGGAGGGCUGCAGCAUGGGCUUCACCAAGUUUUGCGCUGCUUUGCGGAACCACCCCGACACGGAGCUGCAGGCGAUCCCGCAGACCAUGCUGGCGCAGGUGGGCUCUGCUGUCCUCCACCAAACCAUCGCCCGUUUCCUGUGCAGCGAGGCCGCCCGGCUGGCGGACGAGGAGAGAAUCGGCACCGUUUGCUUGCUCCUCCAGGAGCCCAAUACCGACGUCCAGUUUGCCAUCCUGAGCUGGGUGAUCAAAGGGGAGGGAGGAGAGUGUGAGACCUUGGAGAAGGCUCUCCGGCUAACACUGCUGGAGAACUUACAGUCAGUGCUGCAGGACAGAAGGAACAAAGAGUUCCUGAAAUUAUACCUUGAGGCUUUGAUGCAUCUUUACAGAAAUCCCUCGUCUUGGUCCCAGGAUGCUUCCUGUAAGCUCCAGGGUUCCUCAUCAGCAUGUGUGGAAAUCCUGCUCCUCAUGAUGGAAACUGAGCACCCUGGCCCGGACCUCCUCUUCCAGGCCCUGUGUGCCGCUAGCCUGCUCCUCACCCUCGGGUCUGGGGAUGAAGCCCAGCCGCUGGUUGAGCGAUGGUGCGCGAUGCUGGAGAGGUGCAGCAAGUGCGUUUCUUCAGAGGUGCUGAGACUGGCGGCAGCGAGAUCUCUCCAGCUGGCUGGCGUAGAUGUGGUGCAGCGCUGCCGGGGAGCCGUCUGCCCCUCUCUUGUCCCAGUGGCCCUGCGGCUGAUAAAUGUGGGUAUCCACCUGCUGCAAGAUGAGGAGCAGGAAGUCCGGCAUGAGGCCUCCAACUUUGCCAGCCUAGUGCGCCAGGUCCCAGAAAAGCAGGUCCAAGGCGGCUGCAUCUUUGUGCAGGCCAACACAGGGCUCCUGGGCCUCCUGCAGCUCCUCCUGGAAAACUUUGGGGAUCACCCGGAGACCUUUGGCUCAUUGCUGCAGCACCUCCCCCUCCUGGAUCUCAGGGGCAUCUUGGAAGAGCUGGAGGCCAACAAAGCCAGCAGCCUGUAUAAGGAGGAUGAACCCAACGUUUUUGCAGAGCCAGCUGUCCUCUCGCAGCUGCUGCUCCCCUUUCUGCUGCAGCUCCUCGAGAAGGCGUCUGUCUCCAGCCCGCUCCACGAGUCGGCUCUCUGCUGGCUGGAGGCCGUAGGCCCCAGCAUCCUACGUGACCUGCAGUACUGCAAAUGCCGGUGGAGCCAAGAGGCCGCUGGACCCUGGUGGAUGAAGGCCCUGGGUUGCGCCAAGCUGCACACAGCCAGGUGGCAAAUUGAGGCCGCUGGACCCUGGUGGAUGAAGGCCCUGGGUUGCGCCAAGCUGCACACAGCCGUGGCCGUGCUGCUGGCCAGGGCCAAGCUCCUGGCCCGUGCACUGGAAGUUGUGCAUGGGAGCGCCGCAACCGCCCCGCAGCUGGGCUGCCGUGGCAUGGCUACAAGCAAGCUGAAGCAGAUCAAGUUCUCCGAGGAGGAGAAAUUCCUCAUCCUGGAAGAGUUCAGCCUCCACAAGGACAUCCUGAUCCCUAAGAGCGGGUGA